CUUCAUUUUGAUUACAGUAAUGAGACCCCUACUUCUGUACAUCUCUAGGCCGUUAGCGAGAUUCAAUAUAGAAAUUUUCUUAGCUCUGAUUGGUUGACGAUUCAUUACUGAGACAGGAUCCACUGCGGAUUGCAUGCGCAGUAAAAUGGGGAGUUGCGCACCAACUUAGGGAGUAGGAAAAGCGUGCAGGAGUAAGUUCCAUUACUGUAACUGGCUAUUUACUGGAGCUUCGCAAUUGGUCGCGCUAUAAGAGUCUAAAGGUUCACACGCAAUAUUAUCGAAGUAUACAUACUAAAAUGUAACAUUAUGGAGGUAAAAUUGUCUAAAAUUCGAUAUGGUUCUUGAAACGUGGGUAUCGGCUGAUAAAAAGGUGACAACAAAUGUAAUAGAAUCUGGUCGGUAUUCUAAAAAAGCAUCAGAAUGUGCAAAUUGCGAAGUUAUUAUCGAAAAGAUACAGGUUACUAAUGCAUCUAUAGAGGAUUUGAAAGAAAAAUAUAAUUCGGUUAUUUUAGAUGGCAUAACUAAGAAAUCGCUAGUUAUCGGCGAAGCAAAUUGCGAAAUAGAUCGUCUAAUUGAACGAGCUAUACAAAUGAUGAACAUCUGUGAAAAAAGAGAAGUUACUCUAGAUAUAACAGAAGAUGCAGAUUUAGUUAUCAAGUUUGAAAUAACAUUAACUAACAUGUUAUCAUAUAAGCCAAUUUGGGAAUGGAAUCCAGAGACAAAGUACUCAGUAGCAUUAAAAUAUAAAGAAACUGGCGUUAAUUUAUUUAAAGAACAUAGGUGGGUUGAUGCAUUUCACAAAUUUAGUAAAGCUUGCAAAAUACUUGUAACACUGGAGCCAAUAUCUGAUUUAGAACUGGAGAAAUCAUUGGAACAUGACAUUAAUAAUUUAAGAUUAGUUUUGUACAACAAUAUGGCUGGAUGUCAAUUAAAGCGCAAAAAUUACGAAUACACAAUUUCCUUGUGCACUAAAAUUCUAAGUAAAGAAAGUAACAAUGUUAAGGCCUUGUACAGAAGAGGAGUAGCCUAUGGAAAUUUAAACAAUGUUGAAAACGCUGUUGCCGAUUUAAGAAAUGCAGUUUCAUUGGAACCGGGUAAUCGUGCUGCUAAAGAACAAUUUUUAAUUUACGAUGCCAAAUUGCAAGAAGCCAAUCAAAAAUUUCAAGAUAUGGUGAGAAGAAUGUUUAAAGCCUGAAGCAUAAUGCUACUGUAUGUAUCUGAUACAAAUGAUAUUAGGUAUAGAUAAUGUUUGUAUUUUGUAAAUAGAAAAAUAUGCAUUUAUUUUUAUCCACAAUAAUUUACACUACGAUUAGAUAAAAUUAAUUAGAAAUUACAACUAAAAAAAUCUGUUGCUAUAUGGAAUCUUAAAACUAUGUUUAUCUGUAUCACUAUUAUCAUUACAAUAUUGUUAUUACAAAAGCGUGCUUAAAAUAUUUCUUGUGUACAUGACAAAUAUAGAAACAUUUGUAUUAAAUAAUUAAAUUACAUUAUUUGUCAGUAGAACUUGUUAUAAAGAUGUGAUACAGUUUUUUAUUGCAUGUGACAUUAUAAUUUUCAAUAAAAUGCUUUUCAAAUUA